UGAACAUGCGCACUCUUGUGCAUAUGUCCGAUAGGGUUGAGCAUUGAAUAUUUUUCAGAACUUGAGGUGUUCUCGAGAAUUUCUUACAAAAUGGUGCGGCAUCCUACGACUACUUUGUUCCUUUUGGCAUACAUGUUUCAAAACGCUUUUACCUACAUUGACAUCACACCGCCACGCAAUGAUCAGUACGUCCAUCGCACGUCUAACUUCUACUUCGUCGACGCGAACUACACGGUCGGACCAGAACUUAAGAAUGGCUUCCUUGACAUUCUUGAAUUGGAUCUGACGCCAGAUUCGUGGGUGAUUGUCUUCAAGUUGUCAAACAACUACCGGCGGCAUGUGAAUCGUCCCUGCCAGACCAGGCACCUGCAGAAUGAUCUCAUACUGAAAGUCUACGACCAGAAUAGUAAAAUAAGGGAUGGCGACAACCCUGAUGGGUUCCAUGUUACUACUAACUCAGUGCUGUGUAUUCUGGCACUUCAUAAGGAUUCCAAUAAUCAAGCGUGGGGUGCUCUGAAAUACAGAUACGAAGAUACAGAACGUCGUUCCGUGGGCUACCUAUCAUCUACCCUUCGGUACACCCUACGAAUGAACGUAGCCACGUUGACGCGAUGUGUUAGAAUCAAACCAGAGCAUUCCUUGGCAAUAUCAUUCCUGAAGAACCUAAAGAACCAGACAUCAGCAGACAGGGUGAUUAUCAAGCGAAGGGACUAUGGGGUAACACGAAUUUGUAAUCCUGCUAUAUAUGGACGACGUACGGCCUGUUAUGAGCAGAAUCUUCGAAGCCAUUUUCAAGAAGUGAUGACGAUGUCAGCCCAAACCCCUUCCAUGCAUUACCCAACGCCAAAGGUUGUGCCGAGUGGAAAUGGUUCAGAAGUUUGUUUCUAUUUUGAGGCUAUCAAUGGACGCGAGUUUAAAGAAGACGUUCAAAUACAACUUGCAGACUACCCCGAAUGUAUUGGCAAUGUCACAGACCAAAUGGGAAUAUUUACCAGCCCAGGCUAUCCCGAAGCAUAUGCAAUGAAUCUCAGCUGCUCUUGGAACAUGCUAGUUGAGCCCGGACAAAGAAUCCUGUUAAGGUUGGAAGACACUCAGAGCGACUGUGUAAACGACUUUGUUAAGCUAGAUGGUGUUGCUGGUAGCUUGAAUAACGCCCAGAUCCUGUGUGGAACAUCUAUGACGGGCAGCAGCUUCCUGAGCGCGUCAAACUGGCUCACCUUAACAUUUAGGACAAACAUGUACAAGACUCUUAAAGGCUUUCUAGCAAAUUAUACAGCCAUCGGCUGCAGCCUGAACAAUACCCGUCUUCUUGCACAUACGAGAAUUCUGAAUCAUGAUGGUGGCUACAUACCACCAGGCUUCCGAAUUAGAGUUGGCUGCGAACGUGGCUACAUCUUUCCCAGCAGGGUGAACGAGGCCAGCCUUGAGUGUCUGGCGAACAAUACUUGGGGUGGCUAUGUACCAUUUUGUGUCAAGUAUUCCGUUUGCAACGGCACCCUGGCGUCCACAUCUGGCUCUAUAACAAGCCCCGACUACCCAAAACCCUACCCUAGAGACAUUUCCUGCGAGUGGAGAAUCAAAGUAGAAGACGGCCAAACUGUUCAAGUGAGAAUUGAAGACAUCAAGAGCAAUUGCGUAUAUGAUUACAUCCUUCUUGACGAGUCCGCAAACAUCACCGAUACCAGCCUUUCCACUGAAGAUAGCGGCCCUGACACAAAUGCCACUGCAUCGCCUGUGGAACCGACUAACGGAACCCUACCGACUCCAACACCAGCCCCUCAAACUACUGCUUCAAGAACAUAUAUGAAUCAAAUAAUUUGCAGUGACACUGCUGUCAAAGGAAAUGUUUACGAGUCGAGAGGGAAUACCAUGUCAAUUAUAUUCCUCACCAGUGUCCAUGAUGGCAGUGGCUACUUCAAAUUAAGCUACAAAGCGACCGGAUGCUCUCUUGACAGUUCGACCCCAGUAGAAAGUUACAGAGUUUUGAAUCCGUCCAUGAACUAUCCUAUUGGAUAUCAACUUGAAGUCGGCUGCAAGGGCCAAGAAGAGAGGUUUUCUACAGGUGACCUCACCAUAACCGUAAUUUGCCAAGAAAAUGGCAAAUGGAAGGGAACAAUUCCCCUUUGUGUCUGGCUGUAAAACCUGAAG